AUGGCAAAAGAAGAUACAAAAAAGAAAGAACAAAAGAAAGGAUCAAACGAACAAAGAGAAGAGGUCCUCCAAGGUAUCGUUCUUGGUGAUAGUUUUGAUAGAAGAUUCUCUCCUAUUACUUUAGAAAGACCAAGAACAUUAUUACCAUUAGUCAAUAUCCCACUUUUGGAUUAUACAUUAGAGUUACUUGCAAGUGGAGGUGUACAACAAAUCUUUGUACUCUGUUGUGCACAUGCCGAUCAAAUCAAGAAAUAUAUAGAGACUUCGAGAUGGUCAAAGUUACCGGGUGUCAAGGUCGAAGCUGUCAUUGACAAGAAUAGCAAGUCUACCGGUGACGCACUUCGUAACAUCUACUCUUACAAUAUUAUCCAAUCAGACUUUGUCCUCAUCUCUGGUGACGUUGUUUCAAAUAUGAAUAUUUCAAAUGCACUCAAAGUACACAAGGAAAGAAGAGAAAAAGAUAAGAGUGUACUGAUGACAAUGGUAUUCAAACAAGCAUCACCAAGUCAUCGUACUAGAUCCAAACAAGAUGACAUUGUAGUUGGAUUCAAUAGAGAUACUGCUCAAUUGGUACAUUAUGAAAACUCACCAAAGAAGAAGAACAUUAGAUUGCCAAGUGAAUUAUUUACCAAGAAUCCAUCCAUUCAGCUUCGUUAUGAUUUAAUUGAUUGUCAUAUUGAUAUUUGUUCACCAGAGAUUAUGGCAUCUGAGAUUUUGGAUUAUAAGAUGUCUACCUAUGUAUUGCAAGGAGAGUAUGCAGCAAGAGUAAAGGACUUGCGUACCUAUCAUUCGGUGAGCAAAGAUAUCAUUCACAGAUGGACAUUCCCAAUGGUGCCCGACAACAAUUUCAUGUGCAACACAACAUAUACGUUAUCGCGACAGAUGAUUUACAAGGAGAGAAAGGUGAUCUUUCACGAUUGCGUCGUUGGUGAGGAGACCGUCAUUGGAAAGGACACUGAGAUUGGCGAUGGAACCGUCGUGUCACACAGCAUCAUUGGACGUAACGUCAAGAUUGGCAACAAUGUAAAGAUCCACGGCGCCUACUUGUGGGAUGGUGUUGUCAUUGAAGACAAUGCCACUGUCACAAAGUCGAUCAUCUGCGAGCGUGCCGUCAUCAAGGCCAACGCUACCGUAUCCGAGGGAUCGAUCGUGUCGUUUGGCGUUGUGAUUGGUGAGAAUGCAUUCAUUGAGCCAUUCACCAAGAUCACCAUGCAACAGCCAGGUGCCGACGACGACGACGACUAUGAUGGCGAGCCAACCGAGGUAAUGACCACACUUGGUAUGGGCGGAAAGGGACGUCGCUGGACACUUGCAAACGGCCCAUUCAACGAGCUCGUUCCACGCAACAAUGCCGUCGAUGCUGCCGGCAACCCAGUACAAACCGACAAUGACUCGUCGGACGAUAACCAAGGGGACACCGACACUGACUCUGACAGCAGCGUCGACAAACCACCCAUUGGAGGAAAGAAGGAUCCAGAGACUGACCACGCCAAAUUCUAUCGUGAAGUGGCUUCCACUGUUCGUAGAGGUAUUUCCGAGAAGCACAACACUGACAAUAUCUCACUCGAAGUUAACAGUCUCAAGUUUGCUUUUGAUCGUGAUUUCCUUGACACUUCUGCCGCUGUUUUGCGUGCCGUACUCAAUGUACCAAACAGAUCAACCAUGUCACUCAAUGAACAUGUAGUCGCUCUCAAGUCUAGAAUUGCCCAUUUGGCUGCUGUCCUUCAGAAAUUCCUCUCUGAAGAUCAAGAUGUACAUGUCGAUUUUAUUUUCAAGAUUCAGGAUCUUUGCGAUGAAGACGAUGUCAUCAAACCAUUGUUCAAAUACGUUUUACAUUCACUCCAUGACAAGGAGGUUUUGGCCGAAGAAGCUAUCCUCAGUUGGGCAGAUGAAUUGGAUGGAGAUGACGAUGAAGAAAGUAAAGAAUAUCUUUCAUUAUGUGCAGAUUUCUUAACUUGGUUAAGAGAUGCUGAAGAAGAAUCUGACGAUGAAGAAGAGGACGAAGAAGAUGAUGACGAGGAAGAGGAAGAAGAGGAAGAAGAGGAAGAAUCAGAAUCCGAAGAAGAAUCAAGUGGUGAUGAAAGUGAUGAUUAA